ACAACGACCAGGGUUUGGGACCCCGAUUCCGACCUCCAAGCCUGAAUGGAAAUUAUAUUAGCAUGGAGUACUAGCAUGGAGAGCCGCAUGAUUGACACUGAGUCUCCCCUAUCAACUACUGCCCCAAACCCUAAUUCAUAAUACUAUCCCACCAAUUGCAGUGCUUUUCUGGCAUGCAUAAUCCAUGCCGUGGGAUCGAUCUUUGAAUCUGGCACCUGGACGCGUCACUGGUGACACUCAAAAACACUGCAAAUGCAAGUCAAGAUGCGCUUUUCGUUGGUUUCAAUCUUUGCAAUGUCGUUGACUGAUGAGAGGGCAUCACCCACUGAAUCCUACCACAUUGCCUUCAAUCAGAGUGCAGGCAGCGCUGACCAUCAUUGUCUCGAAGAUGCUUCACGUUGCAUAGAUACAUGCAAUAUUGUCGUUUUUGGAGAAAUAGGCGCUGGUAAAAGUUCCUUGGUCAACUUGAUUGCUGGGACGAAACUGGCGCAGACCUCCUCUGAUGCUGGCGGAUGUACAACUGACAUCCGCGACCAUGUCAUCAAGAUUCAGAACAGGAAUUUGGAGGUAAAACUAUUCGACACGGUCGGUCUUGGUGAGGGCUCACACGGAGUGGUCCCCGAUAAGAAAGCUCGUAACUAUUUGGAGGACCUCCUAAGGAGGCUUAUGAAGACAGAUGGCAUUCAUCUCCUCAUGUAUUGUGUGCAGGGUGGCACAAUAGAGCGCAAGGCGUUCCACCGAAAUUACCAGUUAUUGCCCUCCAACGUGAAGGGGAAAGUUCCUAUUAUCAUUGUCGUUACUGGUCUGGAGGACCGAGAACCAGAAAUGGAAGAGUGGUGGAGGGAUAACGAGAAAUCCAUCUCAGACCUUGGGAUGAUCUUUGAUGGCCACGCAUGCAUUACCGCGAUAACCAUCGAUAACGAUGACGCAGAUCGGCUCAAGCGCCGCUGCGAACAGUCAUAUGAUGCCAUCUUCGACCUUAUCGAGAAGUGUCGCGCACGAAUUCCUCCCGCAAGGAAGACUAAAAACAUCGUACUCUUUGGGGAGGCGGGAGCAGGCAAAAGCUCAAUCGUCAACCUCAUGGCGGGACGGGAGGUAGCACCCAUAUCUCCUGGCAUGCAACGAUGCACGCUGCACUGGCAAGACUAUUCCAUCGACUUUGAUGGGGAGUCUUAUCAAGUGUUCGAUACCAUUGGACUUGAGGAAUCGGGACUUGAAAUGAAUGAAUACCUCGAUGCAGUCCGAAAUGCAUAUAGGCUCAUCAAGGCGUUGAAUGAAGGAGGAGGCGUUCAUCUGCUUCUGUUCUGCAUUCGCGCCGGCAGACUGACUGCUGCGCUUCAGCACAAUUACCAAUUCUUUCACGAAUUCCUCUGUGAGAAGAAGGUCCCCACUGUUCUUGCGAUCACGAAUCUUGAAAGAGAGAAGAACAUGGAGGACUGGUGGGAGCGAGAACAUCAAAUCUUCGAACGAUGCCAGAUCCACGUCACUGGUCAUGCGUGCAUCACCGCCGCUAAUGGAUUGGAUGGCAGACACCAGCAGCUUUACGAAGAAUCGCGCGUCACGAUCCGCGAUCUUGUCAAGAAGAACAUUGCUAACGGGCAGAACCAACCAUGGACAGGAGGGGACACUCUGUUCGUGUCGUUGGUGCGCAAGCUGAAGAAGCUGAUUGUAAAGAAAUCGCGUAUGAGAAGGAUGAACCUGGCCGGUCACCUCAGGAAGCAUUGCGGUAUGUCUCGAGAAGCCGCAAAAGAGUUGGCUAACAUGGUCCAGCAAGACGUGAUAAAAGCAGACGUAGCAAAAGCAGACGUGACAAAGGUAGAAUAAAAGUAAAUACAUGACUUGCGCCUGCUGCUUCUAGAUUGUCCUCGGCGGAUACAUUGCAUUUAUGACUAGACGUUUCUUAUUCCCGAUUCCUUGUCGCUGUAGAAGGAAGUCCACGAAUAAAUAAUUUUAGCCUGGACGACAACUGAACG